AUGAAGGUGCUUUCACGCGUUUGCUUUGGACUCGAUAUUGCCACCAGCUUUCUUGGAUUCACACCCGUCCAUGGCAAGCUUGCGGCUACCACGAGCAAGUUCCCCGAUUUGCUACCGAGUGAUGGGCGGACAGUGGGUGCUGUCUUCAAGGCACUUCUCAUUCCCAAGUUGAUGGCUACGUCGUACCAUUUGUAUGAACUUACCAGAGAAGAGGCUGGUGCGGCUCGAUCUGCAGCUAUCGUGGCCGAGGUAGCGAAUCUCACCGGGGCUGUAGUUACAGUCUCGUAUGCGGCUGAAAUGAAUGACAAGGAGCUGGCAAGCCGACAGGUUCCGAUCCGGGUUAUGACUCUAUGUGUCGAUCUUUGGUCUGAUUUACUGGUUGCCGAAUCAAUGAUCCAUUGA